AUGCCACGACACAACGAUGACCUCGCCACCGAAGCAGAGGUUGCUGUUGCCGAAGAUAAUCCUUUGCCUCCUACAGCACCAGCAGCCAGUCAAUAUCAUACCUUGAAGUACAGCUUACUUGGACCAUCCCUCACCAAGUCUGGACAGGAUGGCGUGGACCAGAAGAAAGUGUCGGAGAUCAUCUAUAAUGCUUCCAAGGGCAGCAAGUACUUCAACAACGAAGAGCACAAGGACAAGAAUCUUACGGUCAAGAUCAACCGUAUUCUCGCGAAGAAGCGAGAACUGCAGCGCAUCGAAGCGCAAGGCGGCCUGAAGCAAGAGCGGAAGAAGGCAGAUGACUAUAUCGCUGAGCUGGAGUAUAGUCGUGAUCUUAGUCAGGCGAUCGUGCAUAUCGACUGCGAUGCCUUCUAUGCCGCAGUCGAGGAGCUGGAUCGGCCCGAACUAAAGGAUGUACCAUUUGCCGUGGGUGUAGGUGUGCUCACCACAUGCAAUUAUGAGGCCAGAAAGUUUGGCUGCAGAAGUGGGAUGGCAGGCUUCGUGGCCGACAAGCUAUGUCCAGAGCUCAUCCACAUCCCAUUGAACUUUGAGAAGUACACUGCCAAAGCGAAGGAGGUGCGAGCAGUGCUGGAGCAGUACGACCCACGCUUCGAGUCAGCAUCUAUAGAUGAAGCAUAUCUGAAUAUCACGCAAUACUGCCAAGACCACAAUAUGGAACCAGAGGAUGUCGUCGAGCAGAUGCGAGCUGAAGUGCAUCUCGAAGCUAAGAUUACCAUAUCCGCUGGCAUAGCCGCAAAUGCCAAAUUGGCCAAAAUCUGCAGUAAUAAGAACAAACCCAACGGCCAGUACAAAUUACCUUCGGAUCGCGCAAGCAUCAUAGGCUUCAUGCGCCACCUCCCGACACGCAAAGUAAACGGCAUCGGCCGUGUCUUCGAACGCGAACUAGACGCCAUCGGCAUCAAGACCUGUGGUGACAUCUACGACCAACGGCACUACCUCAACGCACUAUUCGGCGAGAAAGCUUUUCAAUUCCUGAUGUCAGUCCAUCUUGGCCUUGGUCGAACAGACGUAAGACCAGUGGAAGAACACGAACGGAAGAGUGUAGGUACGGAGAGUACGUUCCACGAUAUGGAGAACCCUGAAGAUCUUCGCGCGAAGCUACGCUGGACGGCUGAGGAGCUGGAGAAGGAUAUGAAGAGGACUGAGUUCAAAGGCAGGACGCUGGUGCUCAAGAUCAAGUUGCAUACGUAUGAAGUCCUGAAUCGACAGAUCCAGCCUCCGAAAGCUGUGUAUACGGCUGAUGACCUCUUUCACUACGCUUGGCCUAUGCUGCAGAAGUAUAUAAAGGAGCUGCCGGGGAUGAAGCUAAGGUUGAUGGGGUUGAGGUGCACGCAUCUUGUUAGCAUGAAAAAAGGGGAUGUGGAUUUCUUCGGGCGGGCAAGGCAGCUAACUUCCGAACUUUCGAAAGGGGGCUAUCCUGAUGGAGCAAAGGUGGACGUCGAUGAGGAAGGAUGGCAGAAGUGGCCGGACGAGGAGUUUGAGUAUGCCGCUAGGAUGGAGAAGGAGGAGGAGAUGGAAGAGCUUGAGCGAUUAUCCCAGCAGCAGGAGCAGCAGAAGCAGGAUUACGAACAUGGAUAUGUAGAUGAGGAAGGGGAUGAGAACGGCGACCAGCCACCGCCCAGUGCCCAGAAACCCAAAUAUGACCCCGACGGCGCUCCGUCCGACUACCGCCGCUACGGCAACGGCUUCGCCUGGCGUUCGAUCCUGGAAGAAGAAGCUGCGCAGGCGGCUCAAGAGGCGAAAGUUCUCAUCGAGCAGUGGAAUUGCCCUAUAUGCUCCAUGCCUCAGCCUGCGGAGGAGAGGCAGUUCAACGAGCAUAUCGAUGGGUGUUUGUCGAGACAGACGAUCAAGGAGAUUGUUCGGACCACGGACGAUGAGACAGCGGAGGCCAGGAGUACGCAGCCGGCGAACACUGCGAAGCGGAAACGGGGUCGGCCGCCGGCCGUGAAUACAGGCGGUGCUGAGAGGAGGAAGAAAGCUUUUUUUGCUUGA